CCCCCCGAUUUUAGUUUAAGAUCCGUUUCCGCAUCUAAGCGAACGUUUGUGCCCGGUCCGUGCGACAUAAGGUAGUGUUUUUCCGAGCUCUGAAAUUUCGGGGUAGACUGGGACAUUGUGGUGGUAGUGGAAUAUCAUUAUCUUUCCAUAUAUGUAUAGAAACUGAAUUUGAAGGAGAUCUGAUUAAAUGGACAAUUGGACUGUAUUAGAUCAACUUCGAAUUUUAAUUACUAGUAGCAAAAUUAUAAAUAAUAGCAAUCAUUAUUCCAUAGUUAAUUCUAGCAAUAGCAAUUACAAUAGUAGCAAUAAUAUCUUAAAUCAUCUCAUUAACUAUUGGCAUUCACUUUCUAUUAGAAAACAACGCCUGAUAAUCCUUCAAACUUCUAUUGUUUUUGGAGUAUUGUACUAUAUAUUAUCACCCACAUUAGCUCCUUCACCUAAAAUGUUUUCUAAAAGACCAGAUAAAUAUACUACUGGAUUUAUAAAUUUAAGAAAUGAUUGUUUUGCAAACAGUUCAAUCCAAGCAUAUCUGGCCUUACCUGGUUUAACUGAUUAUCUUAAUAAAUUCAUUAAGAAUUUUCAAUUAUUUAAUAGAUUUAUUAUUGAUAAUAAAAUUGAUAUUAAUCUAGUUAUUAAGGAUAAACAAUCAAUUAGUAAACCUAAUCAUCAAUCAGCCAAAUUCAAAAGUUCCAAUUCUAAAUUUUCUAUUCCAUUACAUUAUGCCUUAGCAGAGAUUAUUAAAAAAUUACAAGAAACUCAAUUGACUUCAAGGACAAUUUCAGUAUGGACAUUUUUACAUUGUUUAGAAGGAAUUUUCAAUGCUAAAAUUUCUAGAUCUCAACAUGAUGCUCAUGAAUUAACUCAAUUAAUUAAUGAAACAUUAGAAAAUGAAAAUAUUAAAAUUAUGAAGUUGUUGACUUAUGUUAUCAAGAACUUACAUAAAUAUACAGAAACAUCGACUCCACUGCCUUCUCAAUAUGAUUCAUUACAAUCAAUUGUUAUUCCCGAAUUCCCAUUCGGUGGCUUAAUCUUAUCUCAAUUGAAAUGUUCGAAAUGUGAAGGCUUUUCAACACCUAUAUUUACUCCCUUCACUAUGAUUACUUUACAUACACCUGAGAAAAUUUCUACUGAAUUAUCAACAUUACUUGAUGAAUCAGAAAAUGAAAUUAUCGAUGGUUAUAAUUGUUUGAAAUGUAGGGUUUCUAAUAUAGUUGCUAAUGAAAAGUUAUUAAAUCGAAAAUCAAAGGAUGAACAAGAAGAAAAAUAUUUACAUGAUAUAACAAAAAUUUAUAAUGAAAAUUUCAAAGCUUUAUGUAUUAAUGACGAUCUAGAGAAAGGUCUAGAAUCAUAUAUAAAUUCAUAUUCUACGAAGUCCUUAAAUGGAUUUGAAAUAUCUCAAAUUACUUCAAAAGUUAUAAGAAAGACCCAAAUCUUAAAACCUCCUAGAAUUCUUGGAAUUCAUUUAUCUAGAUCAUCAUUUAAUGGUGUAAAUAUUACUAGAAAUCCAUGUCAUGUAUCAUACAAAGAUAAUUUAACGUUAAGUAUAGGUCCUGAAUAUCAUGAGAAGUUAAAGGAAUUCCAAGAAUCUAUUAACUCUAAUGAAGAAAUUGAACCCGCUGAUGUUAAAUCCACUAAUGUAUUGACUACAGAUGUUAAUGAUAUGGAAGAUGAAUACGUUCAGAGAGAAGAUGUUGACGAGAAGGGUCCCGAUGAGGAAGCUGAGGAUGUUGUUGAUGAUGGUGAUGUAGAGAAUGAUUCCACUACUGAUGGUGUAUCAGCGGAUGAUGAUGAUGACGACGAUAUAGAUGAAGAUGUUUCCAAUACAUCGUCUGCGUCGUCUCGCAACACAUCAGUAUCAAACCCUCCAUCAAUUAGUACACAGACCACAGCUCCGAAUAGUUCAAGUACAAAUAAUGGGGUUGGAGCAAACAAAAAUUCAUCAAGAACAAUUAAUAAUGCUCCAAUUUCAGCCGAUCAAGAAUAUGACCUAAAGGAACAUUUCAAGAAAUUUAAAUUUAAUGACAAUGAUAUUUAUAAAUAUACAUUGAAAGCUGUAAUUAGGCAUCAAGGAUCUCAUACACAGGGUCAUUACGAAUGUUAUAAGCGUAAACCAUUAUUUGUUAAAGAUAAAGAAGGUCAUAUAUUUAAAUUAUCGAGAGAAAUCGAUAUUGAAGAUGACCAGGAGUUGGAAAGUACUGACUUCAAAACUUCAGAAAGUGGUGAUAGUGUAAUAACAGAAAAGUCGGAUACUACUUCUAUGACAGGAUCGACAUCUAUGAAACGUAGACUAUCUAAUAUUAUGGGAAGAAGACCAUCAGUAAUUUAUCAAGCCAAUACCGAAGAAUCGAAUAUUGAAGAAAUUGUUCACUCUGGUAUAGCCACUCCUGCUGAAUUCUUAGUAAAUGAUCUUGAUGCAACUACUACAGAUUACUUCCAAACUCAGUUGACAGAAGAUGACUUUAAAAAGAAACAUGGAUCACAUUCUUCUUCUAAAGUUAAGAUGAAGAAGAUUCCUUCCGUCAUUAAGUCUCCAUAUUGGAGAAUUAGUGAUGCUACAGUAGUUGAAGUUUCUAAGAGUCAAGUAUUAGUAGAAACUUCAAGUGUGUAUAUGAUAUAUUAUGAGCGUGUCGAACGUAAGCAAGUAAAGUCGCGCAAUCACCGUCAUGCUUAACUUAUUUAAUACUUAGUUAACUAAAUAUACAUUUAUUACCGAUAG